CUCAGGGCACGAGAGUCGAAACGGAUCCAUGCAGCUGGAGCGGAAACUCGAGGUUUCGAUUACGCGAGUUCAGGCCGGUGCUAAAGAGCUUGGAAGGGUCCAACAGGAGAUGUUUGUGCGCGCUAAGCAGGCGUUUGAGAGCACAGGCGUGGAAGUUGCGGAGCAAGCUUAUCAGGGCUGCGUUUCUUAGCCUUCGAAUGUCGGUUUUGGAGUUUGUGAGAAGCUCGGCGGUUCAGCUGGGUCCGCUGUCUGACGGGCCGGCAGACGACGUGGACUGCUUUUGUCCUCCCCGUGUUUGGAACGGGUUGAGCAUUCGACAGCGGACGUGCCGGGUCAUGGCUAGGAUCUUUCAGCUGCUUUUUAGAAGGAGUUUGCGUCCCAGCAUACGCUCGUUUGGCCUGCAGCCGUUCCUGAGAAGUGACGAGAGAGAUUUGAGCGGGAGAACGGAGAUCCGUCUUCGAGCUUUGGAAAGGGAGAUGGAAGCACAUCAUGUCAGCAGCAAAACGAUAAGAUCCUGGGUAGCCGCCACGAUCGAGGCCGUGGGUCCGUUGAUACACAUGGAGCGCAACGUCGAAGGAGUCACGCAGGAAAUCAUCGAGGAGCUAUCUCCGGUGAUUAGCUUCGUCUUUAUCCAGAAAUCAUAUCAAAGUCAAAGCUCAAGUCUCGGCCAUCUGCCAGAAAGCUGCCGGCUUGAAACUCGCCAUGAGGAAAGCCUCUCGGGUUUACGCGAUUGAAGUCCCUUCUCAUGAUGUCGAGACAUGGGGCGGGCCAGGGUGUGAUCUCGCGACUAGAGCCCUCAAGCCGAGACAAUGGCUCACUGUUGUGGAACAUGAGAGGUGUUCAGACACUGGUCCUUUGCCUUUUGCCUCGAACAGCCAUGGUAUCCCUGGAACCGGACAGACAACGGGGGAUAUUGCUUGCAUCCCCUUCGGCGCUCUGACAAAGCUGGAGGAGAGGACACUCGGGGGGAUGCAGAAGGUCAUUUUGGAAAAGGGGUGGGUAGUCUCGACCCAACCCGUCGUGGCAAAGACCAAGCGAAAGGCUACGUCCGCCCCUGAACCUCACAUGCAACAAGAGCAGCCAAGGAAGCGGACUAGUCCAUCCCACAGCAUCUCUACACUACAGUUA